AUGGCUGCAACUUCCUCGUAUCUGAGGUAUUCUGCUGCAGACAGACGAUCGGGUUGUCCUCGCCUUCAUCUUACAUUUGACGCAAAGCCGAGCAUUGACUUAGAGGUUGACACGUCGUACGCCAUUACUUUCACUAUCACUCGGGAAGCAGAUGAUCCCGAAAGACGACCAUGCAUCUUCCAUUGGGAUCCGAUUGAGGAUGGAUUCGGCCAGUCCGGCUUCAUGCUGUUUCGGCGGAUUCCCGUAGGAAAUCCAAAUUUUGGCUGGCAUCCAGUCUCGAUCAACCCUAGUCAGUCGCUAGCAAAGUCCAUUCAGCCACGAGAGGUAUCGAUAUCGGAUCCUUGCAUGAAAGAACUGCUUCCAGGCGCCAGCGUUUCCUGGGAGGUUUCCUUGCCGAUUGUCUACUUCGACUCUUUUCGACCGGGGCAGUUUUACCAGACCCUAUGGGUAGGUGGACAAAUCCCCCUAUGGGACUGGGGCACAUUAGCGGAGCACCAGAACUGCAAAUUAAGCCCUAAAUCCAUAUCAUUGAUCCUUCCUAUCUCGGAGAUGCAGUCACUGCAUAUUUUCGACGAAGAAAGCGAUAUUGACGAUGUGGGCCCGUUGCCACCUUCGCCUCGGUCACUUCUAGCGUCUGACCGAAUGGAUGGCGCGCCUGUCCUAAACUUGAGCAUUACUGGACCUACUACACUGUCGCUGAAAGACUACGAUCCCUCAAGUCGUCUUCGAUAUGCUGUGACGGCAAUACUAUUAUACGAAGCGGCCCCUAAUAUCUCUCGCAGAGAACCUAUUGUGUUUCAUGCGUUCCUGUUUAAGGAUGUCGAUUGGCGUCAAGAGGGAUUCAGGCUCUACCGUAAAGAAAACGGGCAGUGGCAGCCAUAUGAAAUACGUGGAUCCUUCACGCAUCAUCGGUAUAGAGUACCAAACCCCGUAUCAAAGAAUGUGGGCCGCAACGAAGACAAUGACUUUAUUGCACUUAAUCCAGGUGAGUCGUGGUCGUUCACGCGGCAAGUGACUGAUUUCCCGGAAAAUGUGGUGCCUGGGGAUACGUUCCGGUACUGUUAUAAGGGAGCUCAACUCGACUGGUGGGAUUGGGGUCAUUUUCAAGAUCAUGAAGACACGGUAGUUACUAUUGAGGGCAAAGUCCGCGAGCCAAAAGACAACGGAGGCCGACCUGCGCUUGUCAUACCGGCUAGUAACUACGUGGAGUUCACGGUGGUUGAAUGA